AUGACCGACGCUGCCGAUGUGCUUGUCGAUUCUCCUUCCGAUCCAGACGACCCAGCUCAGCGGCAGGGGCAGCUUGACGCGUUAGACGAAGCUACACUCCGGUUCAGCAUGAACAUUAUCCGGCAUGCUGUCCCCCGACGAGCCUUUGACUCAGUACUCGUGUCAUUCGCUGCGGUACUCUUCUGGAGCCCGCAAUCCCGGCGAUGGCUGACCUUGGCUCAAUACACGACAUACCUCUCACAAUUGAUCUACGAUUGCCAGAUGAUGGUUCUCGCUCAUUCUCUGGCGCAGGCUGCCGAGGACAAUCUAGGGGUAACCCUGGUCGAGAUCCGAGAUCAGUGGCUACUGAAUGACACUGCUGGGCCUGUGGCGGAGCUGCUGGAAAACCGACUUCUUGGUUUUCACAUUGGCCGUACCGAAGUGCCUCCGGCUCAGGUACGAUGGUAUCAGGAUGGGCAAACGGCCAUCUACCAAGAUGUGACCCUUCACCUGACCGACCUUCAUACCAUCAUCUGGCGGGGUCUUCAGGGAGCCUAG